AUGGCCAUCCGCGCCCUUAAUUCGAGCCUCAUCUUUGACCGGCGCGUUAUCCUCGGACUCGCCGCUAUUGUGAUUCUGUCUUUUACAUUUGCGUUCCUAUAUGCACCCGAUUUGCGCCCCAGCGCAGAUUGGAUACCACCACUCACAUCCAAACCCGCGCCCGUCUUCUCCGCACCGCCGAAAGACCCGUCAGACCCCAACAUCAUCACUCUUGACUACUUGAGGAUCAAGCCCAAUGUCACGGACAAGGUUCGGACGUACUGGAACAUACCGUAUGCGGCGAGUGCGGCAGGACAGAAUCGGUUCAGAGGUCCGCAGCCUGUGAAUCGCACAUACGGACUGGGUAGGAACGAGGGCCCGCUGAAGAUCGAUGCGGCACAAAGGAACAGAGACGAUGUUGCUGGAGAAGACGUAUUGGGAAUCAACACACGAUAUACCGAGGACUGUCUCAGCUUGAACGUAUUUACGCCCAUUGAUGCAGAAGCUGGCGAUGAUUUGCCCGGCAGGAGCAAUGGAGGAGAAAUGGUGGAGAAGAGUCGGCGAGAGCGCGGCGUCAAUGGGAAGCUCGACAAGGGCAUCGUUGUCGUGACCAUAUUGCGAAAAACGGGCGACUACAACAACGCGCUGAGGGACCAGAGAGCGUCCUUGGAGUGGGUACAGAAGUACAUUCGGUACUUUGGUGGCAACCCAGACCAUGUGGUCACCAUGGGGACAAGUGCAGGUGGAGCCUCGGUGCUGCUGCAGCUCACUGGCAAUGAGGGAGACCAUCAUGUCGCCGUCCCUGGGACAGGAAGGAAGCCACUUUUCCAUGGCGCUAUUGCACAGAGCCCUGCGAGUCCUACCUUCUUCACACCCGAGCAAGCUGAGAAGUUCUACAGCGAAGUUGCCUCUGGCCUCGAAUGCGACAACAUCGAGUGUAUACGCAAGUCAAGUCCAGGAGAUCUCUACUACGAGAAUUACCCCAUGAACUUUCCCGACCGCAGCACACCACCGCGCUGGAUGUGGGCACCCACAACGGAACCAAAGGGUACUCGAGGAUGGACCGAGGGUGCUCCCGCUGCUAUCAUGAACGACCGUUAUGCCAAAGUACCCACGAUCAUCGGAUUCACUUCCAACGAAGGCAGCGACCAAGUCAAGAAAGACACCGACACCGAAGACGACUUUAGAACGUAUCUCAAGGACCACUACCCCCUCCUUACCGACGACGACCUCACACUCCUUGUCAAGACAUUCCCGAAUGACCGCCACUGGCGUGACAGCGGCCGCUGGUGGGACGCCGUCGCCAAGGCACAAGGCGGCAUCCGCUACAUCUGUCCCACGUACCUCGCCUCCAACGCCAUGUCCAAGUACAACCCGCCGUCCGUCCCCACCUACCAAUACCAAUGGGACGUGAUGUGGGGCGAGGACAUUGAGAACGGCUACGGAACCAAACACGCGGGCACAGUCGGACAGGUAAUGGUGCGCCGCAAGAACGAGAUCAGUGACUACUUCAUCUCUUUUGUCAAGUAUCUGGAUCCCAACGUGGAAAGGAGUGCUGGCACGCCUGAGUGGGAGAAGCUGGAUGACAGGAAGAGGAGGAUGUUUUUCACGAAUAUCAAGGAAGGUGGUAAGAGGGGCGAUGGAAAGGACAUGCUGGGCAAGAUGCGCAUGUGGAUGGAGGAUGUCGAUCAAGAUAGGGAGAAGUCGUGUAAUGUGGUCAAGGGACUGAUGGGGAGGUUGCAGAUGACCGGUGUUGAGGCGCUCAAGAUCGAUUAG